CUUCAGCAUGUCUUUUGAUUUCUGAAAUGAAAGCAACAUUGUUUCUUUUUAAAAGGAGGAUACUCUUGUAGACAUUUUGGCUGCCUUGUGUUAUAUAUAUUACUCUAAUCCUUUUUAAUCAAGGACAAUUAAAUGGGACGCCAGAACUUCUACAAGAAGAUAACGUUAUUAGAUGCUUAACACAUUCAGGACUGCGGAUACUGCUAAAAGAAGGGCUUUUGUGUGUGUGUUUUGCCCUUUUUCCUAAGUACAAAAUAAGAAAUAUGCUUGAUUUUCCUCAGAAUAUCUGUUUGGGAAUCUGGAUAUUUGUAUUGAUUAAAGGAGAUAUGCGAGCAUUUACAGAAGAAACCUAUUCACCUUCAGAGGACACACAACCUAAGGAUGCUACUCCAGAUCUUGCACCUAAUGGCUGGAAAAUAGGAAGCCCUCCUGAGUUUCUGGAGUCUAAGCAUCAUCUUGACUUUAGGCACUCUGUGAAAAGAAGCAAUGGCUUGGUGGUUCGAAGGAAGAGGUCAAUUUUCUUUCCUACUGGAGUUAAAAUAUGUCCGGAUGAGACUAUUGAACAAGCCACUGCCAACCAUCUGAAAUAUUUCAAACUCAGAGUGUGCCAGGAAGCUGUAUGGGAAGCCUUCAAAACAUUCUGGGAAAGACUCCCAGGGCGUGAAGAACAUCAAAAGUGGCUUAAUCUAUGUGAGGAAGGAACUAUGAGUAUAUUUGAGCUGGGAACCAACUUCAGUCAGUCUGAAGAACAUCAAAGUCUCAUCAUGAAGAAACUGGCCUAUGCUAAAGAAGUAGUGGGUGGUUCCUGCACUGACUGGGCCUGUGGUUUGGGAUUGUCAACGCCGUCCCCAGCUGGUGUUGCUACAACUCUGAGAGAUGCAGCUGCCAAUGUGCCACCCCCUGAUGAGGUUUCAGUUGAGACUGCUUCGGAAACUAUUACUGACAAGUCUGAAAACCCUGAAUUCAAUAAUGAAAUAAAGAAAGAGGAUGAAAAACUGGUGAAACCAGCGCAUGAACAAGUGGUUGAGUUCAGCAUUCUUCUUCCUGAAGAGAAAUACAGCAUUGAACUCAGUGACCCCUUCACUGAAGAGCAUCUGCAACUCACACAGCAAUUUAUUUCUGAAAUUCAAAAUUCAUAUGAAGGAUUGCCUGGAUACAAGAACAUCCGUGUAACUGAAUUCAGGUCUGCUGAGGAUGACAGUGGUGUGGAAGUUCUGUACUCGGUGUUUUUUGAUGGGGAAGCUAUCACCAAUGCUUCCUGGGAUCUGAUUAACCUUCAGUCCAACAAAGUGGAAGACAAUGCCUUUAUGGAAAUUGAGGAUAACCCAACCGUUGUUUACACUGUCAGUGAUUUCCGACACUAUAUUGCUGAAGUUCUUCAUAAGAACUCUUUACUGGAUAAUGCCUCUCUGAUCUUGGAUCCUGACUCUCUCCAACUCAUCAGUGUAAAGGAUGUAAUUUCUUCAGCAACUGAAGAACCGUCUCCAACGACAGCAAAGCCCACUAGUGAUGAUCGUGUUGUAAUAUCUGAAUGGCCUUCUGCAGAUGAGUCAACUGUAAGCAAUAUCUUGCCACUUGAUUUUACCAAACCAGGUUUUGUUUUUGAUAUUGAUCAGUUGAGUGACAAUGAAAUCUGGUUAAGACCCGAUGGCUUUCCCAGCUCUGAAAGCAACCUCAGUUCAACAGUGAAAGCAUUUGAGGAUACUAAGAAGGCAGAAAAUUUACCUCUGAGUCCUACUUCUCACCUUAUGCCAAAAGAAACUUCUUCUACAAAUGGGUCUAUGAUUCCUCUCACUCCAAUACCAUCAGACACACAACCUGAAGAAGUGAUUACAAGUUAUGUAGAAGAGGGCACUCUACAACCUGAUAUAUAUUCAGAUGCAUAUGAUUCUAGUUCAGGUCAGGAGCCACAAUCAAUUGCAAGGCCUUGGGAUAAAGCUACAUUGGAGCCAGAGGGAUCAGGUGUAUAUGAUUAUAAGGAUAUAUGGGUUUCCUAUACAUCUGAGGAUGUACCAAUGGAAGUCAUCUCCCUGUCACCUUUUGAUUCCUCCAUAGAAAGUGUUCUUUCUACAUCUACUGAGAUGUUCAGCAUAACGCCAUUGGAAGAUUCCACCAAGGACCAUCAAAUCACCUCUGAAACAACAGGAAGCCAAAUCCUCAAAGUAACAGAGCAGGUAUCAACAGACUAUACAAGAGAACCAGACAUAACCUCUGUGUGGACUGGACUUGUGAAACCAGAAGUAAUCACAACAGCAACUCCUGUGGAACAUCCAGUGACUGAUGUUUUUACUGUGAAACAGCCUGAUUUAGAGUCAGUAUACCAAGAGGCAUUUGGAACAGUUGUCUUGAAAUCCACUGUUACUCCUCCUGAUGACAGUGCCACAGAAGAAGUAACAAGUUUUGAAGUUUUGACCAUAGUUCCUGAUUCAGAGGAUUUCACUGGAGUGGUCAGCACUUAUAUCCCUCCUAGCACAGUCAGCUCUUCUAUUGUUCUCUCUGACAUGCCCGUUGCACAGCCAACAGAAUUUCAGACAGCAGUCAUCCCAACCAAGUUGGAAGAAGGAGACGUGAUAACAAAAGAAGAUGAAGUAAUAGACGAGGACUAUUUAGGCACAACGUUUUAUUCCCCUGAAAUGAAGGAAGGAAGAAGGAUGACUGAUAGUCACAUGGAGUUGUCUACAAGUGUCCGUUCCACAGAGAUGGCCAGUGUAGUGUGGGCUACUCAUGAAGAUCACAGUGCUACUGUUUCUGCACGGGCUUUAAUGGUAUUCUUUAGCCUUCGAGUUACCAAUAUGAUGUUUUCAGAGGACUUGUUUAAUAAAAAUUCCCCUGAAUAUAAAGCACUGGAACAACGAUUCUUAGAACUGCUUGUUCCUUAUCUACAGUCCAAUUUAACGGGCUUCCGGAAUCUGGAAAUUCUGAACUUCAGAAAUGGCAGUAUUGUGGUGAACAGUCGAAUGAAAUUCAUGAGACCUGUGCCUCGCAAUGUCACUAAUGCUGUGUACAUGAUUCUGGAAGACUUCUGCAACACUGCGUACCAGACCAUGAACCUGGCCAUUGACAAGUACUCCCUUGAUGUAGAAUCAGGAGAUCAAGCUGAUCCUUGCAAGUUCCAGGCAUGCAAUGAGUUCUCUGAAUGCUUGGUGAACCAGUGGAGCGGGGAGGCUGAGUGUGUCUGUUAUCCGGGCUAUCUGAGCAUUGACGGAUUGCCUUGUAUUAGCAUUUGUGAUCUCCAGCCUGACUUUUGUCAAAAUGAUGGGAAAUGUGACAUAAUCCCAGGGCAAGGGGCAAUAUGUAGAUGCCGUGUAGGUGAGAACUGGUGGUACAGAGGAGAGCACUGUGAAGAGUAUGUCUCGGAACCACUUGUUGUGGGUAUUGCAAUUGCUUCCGUAGCUGGCUUUCUUCUCGUAGCAUCUGCUGUCAUUUUCUUCCUGGCCAGGACUCUUCGAGAUCAGUACACAAAGAGUGAAAUGGAGGACACGUUAGGGCAAGGGGACAGCCUCUCAUCCAUCGAAAAUGCAGUGAAAUAUAACCCAAUGUAUGAGAGUGAUGCUACAGGAAACAACCAGUACUGUAAGAGAUAUCCACAGCUAACUUCUUACAGCUCAACCAGUAAUGAGUCAUCCACUGAGUACAGCAGUGAGGAGAUCAGGCACAUUUAUGAAAACAGUGAGCUCACUAAACAGGAAAUCCAGGACAGAAUACGGAUCUUAGAACUUUAUGCCAAAGACCGGCAGUUUGCAGAAUUUGUGAGACAGCAUCAAAUGAAGCUGCUUUAAAAGGAUACCUCAUGGAGAUGAUGGACCAAAUGUUGCCACGAGAUGAGGCGCAGCCAUGCUUGUGAAGUUUCCUUUAGUUUUUUCACUGAAUCUCAUGGGUGGAUUCUUUUGUCUGCUAAAUGGGUGGAUAAAUAUAAAGAAUGGUGCUUAUCACUGGAUAAUUCUGAGUGCAGCUGUACGUCAUGGGAGAUGUCCAGCAAGGUCAUCAAAAUCAGCUUCAAAUGUGUAACAGAAGCAGAUUUUAAUUCAACAGGACAUUGAUCAUUCUGCAGCUGAAUUCUGUUGUCUUGUGAUCAUUUUUUUUCUUUUUCUGUUUAGGGUUCUGGGGAGGUAUUAUAAAUAACACAUAAGAACUUCUGCUUGGUUUUCUCUACUUCAGAGAGUUACAUGUUUGGGUUUUCUAAAGUAUUAGUGAUGAGAUAAAUGUUGAGUUGCAUGUGACAGUCUUAUAGUUUGAUUAAUGUUUCAUUCAAGUGAUAUUUGCAUUUUAAAUAAAUAAUUUGGUCCAUAAAGAAAUUUUAAAGUGGUAGUUACCUAAAUAGUUAGCAUAUAAUUUAGCUUUUCUUGCCCAACUAGAAGAAUAUUCUAUUAUUAAAAGCAAGCUUAAUGACGAGUUUAAGACCAUUACAUCCUUUGGUUUAGAGUUGUUGCCACUGUGGCUUUUGUACUGUUCAUAUCAUCACCAUGAGAAAUUGGAUCAUACCAUCUAUACAUUCAUCUCUUUCCAUCAAAAUAAUCAUUAGAAUUACCAUGUGCUGAACAUAUAUCUCACAGAGAGAUGCUCUUCAGGCAAGAAAUGCUAAAUAUCCCACAACUAUUUUUAGAAGGCCAACAGUUUAACUUUGAAAGGAACUUGAUUAACAGAUAUGGAUUUUUUAACCAAUUUGAAUACAUGUAACAGUGCAUUGAUUUUUGUUAAAUUCUUUCAUAGUGGUUUCAUAUACUGUAAUAAAAGAGAGCACUAGAUUUAUUUGUUCCCCCUUAUUCACACAACGGGUAGAUGACAUUCUAGUUCCUAAACUUUGAAACUUUGAAGUUCCGAAACUUUGAAACCACUGUGGCUCAUUCUUCCCCCUCUCUCCCCACUUGUAUCCAUAUUGCCUCCUCUUGGUUGUGAUGAUCCUUGAUUGAACAGAGUCCUGAACCAAGUGUGGUAUUCCUGAGCAAUACUGCUUGGAAUGAACGCACAAAACUUUUAUUGUGCACCUCCAGAUAGAGAACUAAGUAGGUAUCAACAGAUGAAAGAUAGCUCUUAUGUGAAUUCACAUACAGAGUGGACUUAGCUCACUGACUUUUAAUUUCUUUAAUCUUUAAUCUUUUUGCAAGGUAGCUCUUCCAUCAUCCUCAGCAAUUAUCAGUAUUCAGUAUCUCCAUAUGUACAAUAUACCAUCCCACAGCCUUAAAAAUUCCUCUAUGCUGUUCGCAAGACUGGGCUUUCUGAGGCCAUUGUAAACCUUCGAGAUUUAUUUGAGCAGGAGUAGUUCAGUAAGUGGAGGGUUUAAUCCUCUGACAUUUGUUGUUGAAGCUGGAGCACAUCCUGGAAUCCGGCUCUGAAUUGUAAAGUUGUGCAUGAGGAAUAAGCUGCAUGCCUCUUCGUGCUUCUUGCCUGCCUUCAUACUCUACCAGUAAUUUGCCAUUUAGGGCUUGUCUGCGCUGCUGCUUUGCUACAUGUGAAUCUUCAACUGGGGUGAAUUUGAAGUGCCUUUGACCUGUGGCAUUUGCAGGAGGCACAGCUGGAGUAUGAGUAAUCUUGUUUAAAGAACAGCCAAUUUACAGUCACCUCCAGUUAGGGCUCAACCAAACAGUUGCAGACAGUAGUCUGGGAUUAAUCCUGGAAUAAUGCCAUCAAGGUUGUUAUACUUGGUCCAGUCAAGUGCACACUUUUGUCUAAUCAGUACCUUUUCAAAUGGCUUGUCUAUUCUGCAAUGUGCAUAUCUGUCAGGCAAAACUGUGCAGUGGCAAAAUCCCUGUGAUUCUUUUAUUUGUAAUUUUAAAAAGACAAAAGAAUGAUCAAAGCCCUCAUAUCUCAAGCCAUAACCCAGUUAUCCCUAACGAAUGAAGAAACAAGGAGGAUAAUAAUGCACAUUUAAGUCAUGGGAAUGCAAGAGGAUAGGGACAGCUCAAGGCAAAUGUGUGGAAUGCAAUGCAAGCUGAAUCUAGGGAAAUCUUCAGUGCGGACAUAGCUUCAUUAGAGACUGUUAAUUGCAGAGCUUUGAUAGCAGACUUAAAUUCUGAGAUGCAAGUAAUCAGAGAGAAAGUUCUGUAUGAGAUAGGCCUGUUCUAUGUUUAUGUAACAUCUCUCAGCAAUAGAUUUGCCUUCCAGAAUGCUAGCUUUGAAGAGGUUCUGGUCAUAUUGAAAUGAGCAUUUCAUUGUUUUUUACAGUGCAUAUUUUUCUUACUGUACAUAAUAUUCUCUCUGUUUUUCAUUGCAAUAAAUCUGUUUUUUCUUUCAAA